AUGAAGAUCCUCUUUCUUUGCACAGCUCACAACUCUCUCUCUCAGCAACUCUUCCUGGCCUUGCGUCAGACGCACUCGGUCACUAUUGAGUAUGCCGUCUCCGAUUCGACCAUGAUCGAGGCCGCGGCGCUCGCCCAGCCCGACCUCAUCAUCUGUCCCUUCUUGACCGCUCGCGUCCCCGAUGAGGUUCAUACCAACUACCUUACCCUCAUUGUACAUCCCGGGCCUCCUGGGGAUUCCGGCCCAAGUGCAAUAGACUGGGUCCUUAUGGGCGACGACGGUUCGGUCGCGGACUCUGGCCAACUCCUCGAAAGGCGGAUCUGGAGCCCGACAGGCCGUUCCCACUGGGGCGUGACGGUCCUGCAAGCCACCGCAGAGUUCGACGCCGGCCCAAUCUGGGCAUUCGAGCAGUUUGAAUUGGACAUCGAUGCACCUGGCGUCACCAAGUCGACUCUGUAUCGUGGCCCCGUCACUCGCGCUGCCAUCAAGGCCACCUUGGCUGCCCUGGACCGCAUCGUGACGGCAGCAAGGUGGCCCACGCCAAAUGAUACAUACACGCCGCCGCCCCCGGCUGGACUUGAGAGGAACCACCUGUCAGCCAUGUUGCAUCAAGGGCUUCCAAUGUUGCCGUCAUACUCGUUGACAGACGCGAUUUCGAUAGCCUGUGGGAGUGGCAUCUCCCCCAAGCUCCUAGCAGAACCAUCAUUUAGUGUUGCAUCCGUUACACAGCAUCUUCCCUUCCUCGGUGGCGCAACGCAUCGCCGACCUCUUCUAAAGGCCAGUCAUCGCGACUUUGAUAUCGGCUUCGACAACGCCCGCGCCAUCUCACGGAGGAUCCGGUCUGCUGACUCGCAGCCAGGCUGCCUCACCAAACUUUUCGGUGGGAUAAGCCUAUAUGUCUACGGUGGCACCAUCGAGGAAGGCCCGGGGCUGGCGGAAGGAAUCGCUGCGGGUCGCAUCAUGGCAUGCAAGGAUGGCGCUGUCUGCAUUGCCACCUGUGAUGCCCUCGGCAUCUGGAUUACUCAUGUGAGACGAGUGAAGCGCAAGGUCGAUCCGAUGCUAUGGCCUAAAGUCCCUGCCGUAUCGGGCUUGCGUGCUCUUGGCCUUCUGGAUGAUGCCACUCUGACCAGGACUCUCAAAUCGCAUCCCACAACCGAUUGGACCAAGGCGAGGUAUUCAACACACCAAGAGAUUUGGGUCGACUUUGCGACAUACUCAUACCCCCACGCCCGUCGCGUUGCCCUCGUGUACUUUGAGUUUUACAACGGCGCCAUGAGCACCGAUCAAUGCUCUCGACUUAUCGAGGCUCUCGAAUUCGUCUCUUCUACCCAUACGGAUGGCAACCCUCUGAAUGCCGUCGUCCUCAUGGGUGGCAGCUCGUACUUUAGCAACGGCAUUGCGCUAAACGUCAUCGAGGCGAGUGAUGACCCUGCUGCUGAAUCAUGGCGGAACAUCAAUCGUAUUGAUGAUGUGAUUCAUGUACUGCUCGACGGCUUUCCGAGGCGGAACAUCAUGACCGUUGCCGCAAUUCGGGGCAACUGUGCAGCAGGAGGAGUGGCCAUGGCGACAGCAUGCGAUGUAGUGAUUGCAGGCUCUGAGACGGUACUCAAUCCCGCAUACCGAGCUCUGGGUCUCCACGGGUCCGAAUACCACUCCUUGAGUUACCUAGGGAGAUGCGGCGCCGCGGGUUCGAAGCACCUGCUGCGAGAUAUGCUACCCCUAUCAUCAUACGAAGCUAGGGAUAUUGGCUUGAUUGACCAUACGCUGCCUGGCUGGGGGGGCUUGCUCGAUACCAGAAUUCGGAACCACAUCAGGGCUAUGGUCUGCAGCCCCAGCUUCCAUUAUGUCCCAGGGAGGUGGAAGGCCGGCCUCGAUGUCAGCCCAGCCGGCCUCGCAGCCGCCCGAACUGAGGAGUUGGCCGAGAUGGCCAAGGAUUUCUGGAGCGCCAGGUCCGAGAGGUAUCACUCCAGGAGACGGGACUUUGUACGCAAGGUCAAGGCUUUACGGACACCGUUGCGGUUUGCGUCACAUCGUCGGCGCGGCGAACAAGUAGACGAGGAGGAGAGUGAUGCAUUUGAUGACGUCGCUCUGUUUGAGCGUCGCGCCGCGGAUAAGAUGGGCAUCACUUCCCCCAAGCCCUCCAAGCAAUCGAGGUCAAGUUGA